AUGGAACGAACUAAAUCUCGUUUCCCUGGGGCUGUCCCCAUUGUUCUUGGCUGCGCCUUAGGGUUUGCACGGGAUUGCACAGAGGUGGUGAUGGUGUGGAGCUGGAUAUGGAAGGCUGUAGCGGCGCGAUACACGGUUGAGAUGCCGUGGAUAUCUACGGCUGUGUGGAUCGCAUUCCUCGUGGCGGCGAGCUCGGUUAUACUGCCAGGGCAUGGCUUGGUGGAAGAGGCCGUGGCGCUCGAUCCGGUAAGCGACAGAGCUAAAUCCUUGCAUUUGAGUGAGAGUGCCCUCCAACAGUUCGACGGAUUCAUACUCUCGGAAAUCAAGGAGCAGCAUUGUCCUUGUCGAUCAAACAAGGAGCGCCUUCUCCAGUUCCAGGCCGCAUCUUCGAGAGCUGGGAGAAAAUCUCCAAGAGUGGAGGAUCUGGACGAGGCCAGACAGCUCCUCGCGCGGAGCAAAGAGCAGGGAGCCAAGCCGGAAUUUUCGUGCUACCACACGCUCCUGGAUGGAUGCUGCAAGUUUGGAUCUCCCGACGAGCUUCUCGCCGUGAUUAGUGAGAUGGACGAGUGUGGGGCUCCUCCGGAUGCUCGAGCUUACGCUUUUCUCAUCGCAAGCUACGCGAAGGCCAGUAUGCUCGACAAAGCGUCGGAGAUCUUCCAAACUCUCCGGAGAAAGAACGCUGGGAUUGAGAGCUCUGUGUACUCGAGCUUGGUUUGGCUCUACUGCCAGGCAGAUCGACCGAAGGAUGCCGAGGAGUUUCUUAAGGCGAUGGAGGAGGAUAGGAAAGACGAGGAUUGUAUCAGCUACAACGUUGUCAUCUCGGCGUACCAGAGAAUGGGCUGCUACUCCGACGCUACGAGGAUUUUCCAGGACAUGAAGAAAAAGAAGAAGAAAGAAACUCUCGGCCGGAGCACUUACAAGUUGAUACUCGACGUCUAUCUCAAGGCCAGCGAUCACGACUCUUUUGACAAGCUCUUCAAGGAAAUGCUGGGAUCUAAAGUCUCUGGAGAAGCCAGCACUCUGGAAGCCGCUGUGAAUCUCUACGCCUCCAGAGACAGCGUCAAGGAUGCGGAGUGGCUCUACGAGAAUUUGGCUCCCAGUGGAAGCCGCUUGACUGUUCUUGGAUACAACAAGCUCUUGGAGCUCUUCCUAGCGGCUGGCAACACAGCGAUGGUGGACAGGAUCUACCGGGAGAUGCCUAGAGUCGUCUCUCCGGAUCAAACCACCAGGCGCUUGGUGAUGACCGCGUUCUUGCGAGCGCAGAGCUUCCGCGGGGCCGUGGAGCUCCACGAAGAGAUCCUGAGAGAAAGCGGCGGCGUCCAACCUCUGCUGGAUCUGCAAAGCUUUGCGCUACUCGUCCGAGCUUACGUGAAGAUGGAGCGCUACUUUGAGGCCAUGAAGCUGGUGGUUCUCAUGCGAAAGGCAGGAAUGAAGGUGGACGAAGAGAUUUACGAGAAAGUGGUCACUGGGAUGGUCUCGGUCCAAGGACAAAGUUGAUCCAGGACGAAGGGUUAACUUGUUCUUCGGUUUGGGCAUUGGUUACCAAGAUCCGCUAUGCCUAAGUUGGGCAUAUUACCAGCCUCGAGAUUCUCCUAUCUAUGAAAAGGAAGUUUAGAGCUGCUCGUGAAUUCUAAAGUUAUCACUUUAGCUUAAUCCAUAUGCAUAGUUUGGACAUC